AUGUUUUUACGUACAGUGGCGUCAACAAGUAGAGUCGUUAUCCGGGUCUUAUCCACAGAUCCUAAGGCGUUGGUCAUUACAGAUCGGGCCGUUGAAAGAUUAAGAAAGAUAGCGGGUGAAGAUGAGCACCUCAGGAUCAGUGUCGAGGGUGGUGGAUGUGCUGGAUUUGAAUACAAAUUAAGUCUUGACAACGCCACGCAUGAAGACGAUGUUAUUGUAGAAAAACAUGGGGCCAGGGUUGUUGUAGACGGGGUUUGUUUUUUUUGUUAGUCAAUGCUGAAAUUUCCUUUUAUAAUGAACUGUUCUUUUAGAUGUCACUAGAGUUCGUUAAAGGUUCUACAAUCGACUUUACGGAAGAUUUAAUGCGAGCUUCCUUUCGGAUAACGGAUAACCCUCUGGCGACGCAAGGAUGCUCCUGCGGGUCUAGCUUCGCCCCAAAAAGCCUUGGCUGAAUUUGUGUUGUAGAUUAAAAAAAAUAGAGGACAAUAAUACAUUUUUUUUGUUGGCUCUUAAAUUGGUCAGUUUCCACUGCUUACCUUUUUACAGGUUAAUUUUUUCUUAUUAUGGUUUUAGAAAAUGUUUGGUAGAUCGUUUUCUCGAACCAGUUUCAUUUUUCGUCCUAAGUACAGGUAAUAUUGUUUUUAUAAUGCUGGUGCUUUAAUAAAGUGCGUAGACAUUUUUUGCCGGACGCACGGUGCAUUUUGCUUUUUUUACACUGUUUGUCGCUCAGGCACCGGGCGUUUCGCUUGACGCUUUUUCAAGUUCGCACUGUGCGAAUAGUUCAGCAAAACGCAGCGACGUAGUUGGAAAAGCUUACGUGCGGUGAUAUUUACAAAGAAAAUACUUAUAUCGGGCAUAAUGUUACAGGUCGAGACGUAUCAAAGAAAUCGCGAAAUUUUACUGAUUUAUAAUUACCUGACAAAAAUGCGUCAUUGUCGAAAAAAAUGCGUUUGACAGCGUUAUCGCGAUGGGGGCGUAAUCAGCGGAGACGGGUUGGCGCAGAACUCCUUAUUCUAACAUUGGAACUAUUAUUAAGGUGUAGUCUUAAUAACAUUUGAUAUUUUAAGGUUUUUAAAGACACCAGAGUUUAUUUUAGCUCAAAACAAAAUUUUUGAAUCUGUAAAAAUUUGGACAAAAAUUGCGUGGUGUUGCGAGAAAAGUUCUGAGGAUUUUUUCACCCUUGCAAACCAAAGUUAGGCUGCUAAUUUUUUUGCUUAAAUUUGUCUUUUUUGGAAUUUUCGACCUGGUGACGUCAUAGAAGGAGCAAAUCACCCGAAAUUUUGCUUGUAUACGUUUUCGACCAUUGGGAAUUCAUUUUUUUGAAAAUUAAGUCUCUCAGAUUACUGUAACAUAGGCAUAUUGUAAUCCGGUCGAUAAAAAUCAACCGUAACUCCUUCGUAUCAAAAAUCCCACAGGAUUUUAUUUCAGAUUCGGAAUGGAAUCAGCAUAAAAUUCUGCAUAUUAUACACGUAAUGUGAGGUCAUAACUCCAGGGGGGAGAUCGCGUAGUAUAUUGGAUUUUGGCAAAAAUUACGUUUGAAAGGUUGCGGGUUCGAUCCCCGCUUGGUGUAAAUAUUGAAAACACGGCGGAAAUCGCGUUUAAUGGACACCUCAGGGUUAUGCGAGAUACACUAACCAAUUUUAAACAUCAAUGCAUAUCUAAUUGCGAUUAAAACUGAUUUUAUAUAAUUUUUGGAGAUUGAAUAUGCAAAAAAUGAAACUGCUUCAAACCGCUUGAAAUUGGCAGCACUUAUUCUAGGGUCAAUUGUAAGGAACUUUUCCGUUAACUUUUUUUGGUAGAUCAUCGUACCAGGGAUUACUGUAGCGUUAAACGUGUCCUGAUUAACAGCAAUUUUCUUAAAAAUUCUUGCAUAAAAUAUUAAAUCGUUUUAAUUAGUCGCUUUAGACAGCGAAAAGAUCCGCUUUCUAUAUAUAAAAGAAAAUUCGCCCUUAAUUGCAACACGUCUUGAUGACAUAAUGAAUUGGUGAAAGUGCGUCAAAUAACUCGGCCGUUCCAAACGGUACGGCCAUAAAAAUUUUUUUGUACACAAGAAAACUCAUUCUUAACCAUUCUGAUCACAAUGACGACAAUCCGACUUCUAUGCGCCAUGUGGUGCACGAAAAACCAAAUCAGGUUUAAUGUUACAGUAGUCCAUGGUACCGUGAUCUACCAAAAAAGUUAACGGAAAAGUUCCUUACAAUUGACCCUAGAAUAAGUGUUGCCAAUUUCAAGCGGUUUGAAGCAGUUUCAUUUUUUGCAUAUUCAGUCUCCAAAAAUUAUAUAAAAUCAGUUUUAAUCACAAUUAGAUAAGCAUUAAUGUUUAAAAUUGCUUAGUGUAUCUCACAUAACCCUCAGGUGUCCAUUAAACGCGAUUUCCGCCGUGUUUUCAAUAUUUACACCAAUCGGGAAUCGAACCCGCAACCUUUCAAACGUAAUUUUUUCCAAAAUCCAAUAUACUACGCGAUCUCCCCCCUGGAGUUAUGACCUCACAUUAUGUGUAUAAUAUGCAGAAUUUUAUGCUGAUUCCGAAUCUGAAAUAAAAUCCUGUGGGAUUUUUGAUACGAAGGAGUUACGGUUGAUUUUUAUCGACCGGAUUACAAUAUGCCUAUGUUACAGUAAUCUGAGAGACUUAAUUUUCAAAAAAAUGAAUUCCCAAUGGUCGAAAACGUAUACAAGCAAAAUUUUGGGUGAUUUGCUCUUUCUAUGACGUCACCAGGUCGAAAAUUCCAAAAAAGACAAAUUUAAGCAGAUUUAUGCCUUCCGGGCAGAAUUGAGAAAAACUGUUGUUCGCUUUUCCUUAGCACAUGUCGACGGUCAUUUUUAUGCAAAAAACUCAAAAUAGAUUUUUUCCUAUGUCCACCGCUGACGCAGCGAGCCAAAAAUCGUCUUUUAAAUGGACGAUGCAUAGUGCAAAAAGCUUCGCGACGAAAAGUCUACGCACUUUAUGAUAAUACUUAUAACAAGCAUUUUAUUUGAAGGUUCUAUUACAAUAACAGUUCCGGAUCAAAUAAAGAUGGAGGACGGAAGUCACAAAGCGGCUCUAAGUACACGGCUACUUAUACUAAACCAUUGCUUGCAUUGUCCGUGGUUGGAGCUAUCAAAGAAGUAUUGUUUCAUGAUACCGUUAAACUGGAUGACGACCCAAUCAAGGAUAAAAUUAAACAGUCAUGGCUUCAACGGAAGUACAAGAACUUUGAUGAAGCGAUAAGAAUCUUGGAGGAGGUCCUUGAAGAAGUAAAAGCGAAAGGCGAUAAUAGUAUCGAAGUAACCCGAGUACUCGAUGAAUUGGCGAACACAUAUUACUUCAAGGGAGAUUGGGAUCAAGCUCUGGGACACUUUAAACUGGUUGUCCAACGGUGGGUUAACUAAAAAUACGCGUCUAGACUUGACUUUAAUUGGCGUUUUACAGGGGUUAGUGAGAAGGCAUUAAUUUUAGGCUAAUCCAACUGCAUCAAAAGAAUGAAAGUUCACCAGAAUUUAUCGGGAUCUCGUUAAAGAUGGCUGAAAUCCUUGCAAAUCAGGGAGACUUGGAGAAUGCGGAAAUUGGAUACAGACAUUGUAUAACCAAACAAAUGGCUGCCAUGGACAACCAUCUAAACAAGUACUUCAUCUCUAAAGGAGCGCUGAUCGAGAGUCCUUAUAAGAUCGAAGACUUUGGCCAAGAGUAUUCAGAUCCCAUCAUUCUCUUUGCCAUGUGUCUGCAGCAAUUUGCACACUUCAUUAUUGAUUAUCGCGAUGAUUCUAGAGAAAGCGAAGCAUGUGAAUCCAUGGAUGAAGUACUGAAGGUAUGAACAUGGUUUUAUGUCAGUGUACGUACGAGGAGAAUCUUGUUUAUUGUUUAUUUUAGUUAACCUAUCAUAUCUAUGGCCCUAAUCAUCCACAAUUCUUCCACAUAUUGAAUAACUUUGGUGCUGCGUGUAUCCUGAGGAAUCGGUUCGAAACGGCCAAGAAAUAUCUUAAGGUUGGAGCCGAAAAGAUAUUGUACGCUCCAGACUGCUCAGAUAUUCUGGUUGGGUACUAUUGCAACUACGCGGAAGCUCUUUUCCAUACCGGGUCUUUUGAUGAAGCUGUCCAAUAUGCUGAAGCGGCUGUGCGUAUGUCCAACUCAGCCCCGAGCGAGAUCCAAACCUAUGCUCAAAACUUUUUGAAACAGAUGAAGGCAGACUUGAGGAGGGCCAGGAAAGAAGCAGGAAGAAGAUCAGGCCAGCCGGAUCCUCCAGGAUGGUUUAGUUGGUUUUGGGGCUCUUCGUCGUCAGCAUCAUCUCCAACCAAAACUCAAGGAACUGCGGCAGCUGAUGUUAGAACAUAA